UCUCUCACUCUCUUUCCCGUUCACCCCUAAUAGGAUAAUUGAUAGACAGCCCAAAUAGUCAAUAACUGUGGACUCAGCGAGGUCGCUGGAAGCACUAAGCAGAAACUUUGAUGCGCUGCUCUCUGCUCCGAGGAGCAAGUUGCAGGGGAACUUUGAGUGGCGGAGAUGCUCUGAGCAGGACUGGGAGUUCAUAACCAAAAUCCUUCGCUGCUGACCGGAAACUCGCAUUUUACAGCUUCUUCAGGGAACAGCAAUGGUGGAUAUACCGGAUACAUCCUUAGAUGUGAAUCGGAGGGCAGUGUGUGCCGGAUGCCAUCGGUUGAUCAGAGACAGAUUCCUGCUCAGAGUCACUGACGGCCUCUGGCAUGAGGACUGCGUGCGGUGCGCAGCGUGCGGGGACGCGCUCACGAACUCCUGCUUUCUGCGGGACCGCAAACUUUACUGCAAACGGGACUAUGCUGAUCUGUUUGCAGUGCGUUGUGCAGGGUGCACAGAAGCCAUCUCUCCCGCAGAGCUGGUGAUGCGUGCGGGGGCCGCUGUGUUCCACCUGCGCUGUUUCACCUGCAGCGUUUGUUCCUGCCGCCUGCAGACAGGAGAUCGCUGCGUCCUCAGGGAGGGACAGCUACUAUGUGCCAGAGAGGGCUACCACCAAUGUCUGGCCAGUCCUAGCUCUUCUGAAACAGGUAAAAGUAAUGAUGAAGAUGAAGAAGUUGAGGAGGAAUCUGGAAGGAUUGCAGGCAGAAAAGUUAAAUCAGAUGAUGUGGAGAGCAAACGCCCCAAAAGACCUCGCACUAUUCUGACCACUCAGCAAAGACGCACCUUUAAAGCAUCCUUUGAGGUCUCCUCCAAGCCUUGUCGAAAGGUAAGAGAGACCUUGGCAGCUGAGACUGGUCUGAGUGUCCGGGUGGUGCAGGUCUGGUUCCAGAACCAAAGAGCCAAAAUGAAGAAACUGGCCAGGAGACAACAGCAGCAGGAGCAGCAACAGACUCAGGAGCAGUGUGAACACCCAUCGCAUCACACAGCGCCCUCCAGUGGCAGUGUAACCUCUGAGAUGAAGCACCUCGGGUCCUCUUAUGUCCAUAUUGAACUGCAGCAGCAGCAGAUGGGAAUGACCACACUGGAACAGCAGGACUGGGACAUGGACCCCUUCAGACAGGGCCUGACCCCGCCUCAGAUGCCAGGGGAUCACAUGCAUCCUUAUGGUUUCAAGAGCCUGUAUGGCGAUGUGGACAGAGACCCGCUGUGUCAUAUGGCUGACGGCGACUGCCUCUCUCUUGGCGACUCCUCGCCACUCACUCCUAUUGACCGCCUCUACUCCAUGCAGGACUCGUACUUCACCUCGUGAGGGUGGCUAUCAGAUUCAGACAGACUGAAUUUAUCUCAGAAAUGUGGUAAUUUGGUACGUGGACGUAAAAUGUUAGAAGGGGACAGGGGUACACUCACAGUGAUACCAUGCAAUACUAUACCAUGUUCACCUCUAUACAAACCCAAUUACACUCCUGCCUCUUAUGCUUUAAAAUCUCUUCGGAGUCUCCUGUACGUGCAUGACACUGAACUCUCAUUAUGUUUGAAUGCCAGAUUAUGAGAGCGUAACUGCAUCUACUCAUGUAAAUAGUUGACUGGGUGUGUAUUUGUAUUUAUUCUCCAAAUGUGUGUGUAUGCUGUUCAUCUCGAUCGAAUUAACAAUAAUCAGAAAAUAAUAAACAUGAA